AUUAAAUUAAAUACUUACAAAGAACAAUAUGAGAAGAAUAGUUGACAGAGAGUGUAAGAAGAAUUCAGUUUCAUUCUUCUCCGACGCUUUCUCCGUCAUGUCUCCUUCCAAACUCGAGUUGAACCCUUCUGUGAAGAACAUCCUUCUCUUGGAUUCUGAUGGGAGACGUGUGGCGGCUAAGUAUUUCUCAGAUGAUUGGCCAACCAAUAGUGCAAAGGAAGCUUUUGAGAAGCUUGUAUUCAACAAGACUCAGAAGACCAAUGCUCGCACUGAAGCGGAGAUAACAAUGUUUGAGAAUAACAUCAUCGUUUACAAGUUUGUCCAAGAUCUUCACUUCUUUGUUACCGGGAGUGAUGACGAAAACGAGCUUAUCUUAUCUUCAGUUCUGCAGGCAUUUUUUGAUUCUGUUGGCCUCCUGCUCAGAGGCAAUGUGGACAAGAAGGAAGCACUUGAGAACUUGGACCUCAUUCUAUUGUGCAUUGAUGAAAUUAUUGAUGCAGGUAUUAUUCUUGAAACUACUCCAAAUACUAUAGCUGGGAAAGUUGGAAGUAAUAGUACAGAAUCUGGAGCUCCUUUGUCUGAACAGACACUAAGUCAAGCAUUGGCCUCAGCUAGGGAACAUCUUGCAAGAUCCCUUCUUAAAUGAACCACAUGAAGUUUGGCAAUGGAGAACACUUAUACUUUUGUUUUUCCUAUAUUUGCUUUUAAGAAUCUUACUUCAUACUUCAUUCUCAAACUUGAAUACUGAUGUUAAUCGUGCUGUGAAAAUUAGCGAAUAGAGUUUUUAGAACUUAUUUUCUUGUGACAUUUUUGUUCAUUUAAUAACCCGUUAAAUUUCAUGAUAUUGCAUUUCUUAUA